AAAAAGUAAUUGAAACCAUCCUAAAGCUCCUUUUUCAUUAGUCCAGAGAUAGACCCGAUUAUUGCUGACUUAAGCAUCGGAAUGUCUACCCCGAGGACCCACCUCGAGGCUUUGCAAGUUCAUCCGAAGUGAAGACGUAGAUUGAAAAAGGAUCUCUGGUUUGGUGCAAUUACACAUCCCUGAGAUUGUAAUUGAAUUAAUUACAAAAAGCUACUAAAGCAAAAUCAUUAUGGAGCAACACAGAUCUUGAAGAUUCAAGAAACAUGUUCGCAUGUGCUGUAGUGCAUCGCCAAGAGAAAGUGGCACAAUUUCUUCAUGAAAAUGUUGCAAGCAAUGAUACAAAUAUGGUCACUACCAUCGAUGAAGAUGGGAACAAUAUAUUACACCUAGCUGCAAAAUUAGCUCCUCAUUCUCAACUAGAUCACAUCUGUGGUGCCGCUUUGUGGUUACAAAAUGAACUACACUGGUUCAAGUCGGUGGAAGGUAUUGUUCCACAGUACUUCCAAAGCCAGAAAAAUAAGGAUGGUGAAACUCCCACCCAAUUGUUUGUUAGGGAACACAGGCAUUUGCUUAAAGAAGCUGAAGCAUGGAUGAAAAAAGUGGCAGAAUCUUGUACGGUUGUAGGUGCUCUUGUUAUUACCAUUUUGUUUGCGGCGGCUUUUAUUGUUCCUGGUGGGAACAAUGAAAAAACAGGUUUACCCAUAUUUUUGAAAAAUGAGACCGAUUCUCCCCCCACAGCAUCAAUAACGCCUCCUCCCACAACAUCAAUAACUCCUCCUCCCGCAGCACCGAUAACUGUGGUACCGUUCAUGGUGUUUGCAAUCUCAGAUGCAAUUGCUCUUUUCGCUGCAUCCAGUUCAGUGCUAAUCAAUGAUGAUGGCAUUUUGCGCUACUCUAUACCUAAUGCUGCAUGAUCAAUUGCGGAUAAUCAUUCCAAUAAUAUUUCUUGCUAGUAUUCCUGUCACUGUGUUUGUUUCGUUGCAGUCUGUUCUUCUUGUUGAGAUUUAUACCUCAACUUUUCGCCCAGACAUCUUUUAUAAGAGAAAGUACCUGAAAGGCAGAAUGAGAUUUUGCUUGAACUUAAAUAGGAGAUGGUGGUUCAGAACGAGGAAAGGAACGAUGGUUGUCAUGUUGUGUGCUCUUGCUUUACUUUUUGUAUUUUCAAAUGUAAUUUCAUAUUAUUGGUAUAUAUAUGUUGUUUAUCGUGACAACUUCUAUUACUGAUCAGAUGACUAUAUGCUAAAGACAGAAAUUUGUAAUGAAUAGCAAUUCCUCUC